CCAUCACUUUCCCACAACCAUCCGGUGAUGGGGUCACACCCACAUCUUCUGGGUGCCAUGACGCAGUAGGUCGGCCCUUCAUGCACAUUCCUAACAGUACAUCCGCCUUCAUCAUCGUGGAGAAGGUGCAGGAGUAGCUCCUCUCCUUCCCUCCUUCUCCUCUCUUUUUUAUCAAUAUACUAUCACAUCUACCCUCUUCCACUCCCAGUUGUGUGUGUGGCCCAACUGUCUGGGACCAGCAAACAAAUGUCCCGGUUCAAUAUCAGUCCUAUCAAGGUCGACUCGCUCAGCUUUCUUAUCCUUGACAGCCCCUCCGACCAGACACUGCCGGCCUAUAUCCCCAUCUUUGAGCAGCACAAUGUCACGGACCUUGUACGCAUCUGCGAGGGCUCGCCCUAUACUAUCGACCCAUUGACCGCCAUUGGCAUCAAAGUGCACGAUGACAUGAAAUUCGAGGAUGGGACAGCCCCAUCGAAGGAGAUCGUGGCCAGAUGGCUAGAACUGAACGACGAAGUAUUCUUUGAAUCGCCCACAUCCGACAGAUGUAUAGCUGUCCAUUGUGUCUCCGGCAUAGGAAGAGCACCGGUCAUGGUGGCGAUAUCAAUGGUCGAGAACGGCAUGGAUGCACUGGAUGCCAUCGCCUAUAUCCGGAAGGCGAGACAUGGAGCAUUAAAUCGUGUCCAGAUCACAUUCUUGAAUGGGUACAGGAAGAGAAAGAAGGGCUUUAAUUACAAGCAGAAGCAGAGGCAGCAACAGGACUUGUUGAAGGCAGCACUGGGGACCAAUGGAUUGACUGAGCCAUCUUCGACUUCAGCACAAGAGACCAAUGACUGUGAUAAGAAGAAGAAAGGAUUUUUGGCCAGGCUGUUUGGGAAGAAGUGAGAUAUCAUGGACAAUCUUUCGAUAGACCCAUAGACCGAUUACAAUAGACUAGACAAUUAGAUAGAUAGAUCGACAGAUACAGAAUGAAGAGGAAGAAAAACAACAAGUG